UUGAUGCGGGUUCAUUAGCGGAACUGCCUUAGAAGGAAAUAAACGACAAUUGAUGCCGCCUUCACGAGAUUUAAAGCUGAUUAAAAAAAAACAGUCUUUCCUCAGACAUUUCUUCACUUCCUCCUUCCCCGCUGGGCUCAGUGCAGAAGACGGCACUUAAUUAAAGAAUUCAAACACAGAAACACUGGAAUCGCUCAGGGGUCAGGCAGUCUUUCAGUGUCGACAGAAGUAAAUGAUUCAGGUUUGCAGAUAAACCCACACAGGUCAGUCGGUGAAACAGUUGGAUGCUGCUUUGGCCAGCCAUGGGUUCAUUUGACCACAACUCCACGGGCCACGUGCCCGGGGGGAACGACAGCUGCCAGGUGGAUUCGGAGUUCCGAUACGUGCUCUUCCCCGUGGUCUACACCGUGAUCUUCAUCCUGGGGAUCUUGGAGAACUGCUACGUCCUGUGGAUCUUUAGAUAUCUGGCCCCCAGCUCCAACAUCAACGAGAUCAGGAUCUUGAUGGUGAAUCUCAGCGUUGCCGACCUACUCUUCAUCCUAACCCUUCCCUUUUGGGUGGUCUACUACGUUCAGAAGGGGAACUGGACAUUCUCCGACUUUUCCUGCCGCUUGGCUGGCUGUCUGUUCUUUAUCAACACCUACUGCUCCAUCGCGUUCCUGGCGGUGAUCAGUUACAACAGGUACCGUGCGGUGGCCUAUCCCAUCGAAACCAGCCAGAGGUCGGGCAGGAAGAGGGGCUGCAUCGUAUCGACGGUCAUCUGGCUGAUAAUCAUUGCCAGCGCCUUGAAGUUCCUGAUACAACAGGGGACCAACAAAGUUGGCGACGUCACCCGAUGCUUCGAGGGGUACAAGACUAAAGAAUCCAUGCCCGUGGUGAUUAUUCACUUCCUGCUGAUCGGCGCAUUCUUCUUGGCCUUCCUGGUCGUCAUCGUGUGUAACGCCCGCAUCCUCUGCAUGUUGUCCUUGCGGGUGGUUCAGCCGAAGAAGAGCUGGAAGGUGCGGAGGCAAGCCUUCCGCCUGGUGUGCAGUGUGAUCGUGGUCUUCCUCGUCUGCUUCGUGCCGCACCACCUGGUGCAGGGUCCCUGGACGCUGACCGUGCUGGGGCUGUGGCGGAGCGAGGACUGCCACUUCCGCACGAGGGUGGACGUUGCCCACCAGAUCACCCUCUGCCUGAUGGGCCUGAACUGCGUGCUGGACCCCAUCAUAUACUGCUUCCUCACGCACAAGUUCAGGAAGUUCAUCCAACGCAGCGUGAAAAGCUGGACUUCCACUCGGAAGAGUUUCCGCACCAUAACCUUAAUUGACACAAAUCUGGGAGAAAUGGGUCAACAAAACAACGCCCUGCAAUAAAUCUGACACCGGAGUCCGGGAUGUGGAGGGACGAACCGCAGAUGCUGGUUUAAACAGAAGGUUGACACAAA